AUGGCUAGGAACUCGUCCGCUCCGGCACUUCCACCUGAUGGGGUCUCUCUGCUACCUGAUGAUGAGGGCGUGACACAGAGGCUCGAGCACAGUAUACGGGGACUCUCCAAGCUUGCCCUAGAAGGCAAGACAUCGGAUGUCCGCGUUCAGCAGGAUGACGCGGAGAAGAGUACUUCCGGAGCUUCCUCAAUAUCUGCGGCUGGUUCAAAUCGGGUUCAGGCUUGGCUUCAAGAUGCUUUAGACGAAUCAUCCCUCUCAGUCUCUUCGGUUGAAGAAGACAGCGCAGAAGAAGUUGCACCUACGGACGACGGCGAAGACUCGCUGCCAGAUCCUUUGGUCACUGAUGAUGCUUUGCGCUGUGUGGAGUGCGCUUGGGAAAUUGUCGAUGGCAUAUGCCAAGGCUGCGGAUUGAAGCACAAGGCAUAUGAUGUGGACGACGACCCUGUAUUCCCGGAUACAUACGUGAUGCCUUUACACGUGCAGACCCUUGCCCGUGGGGAUACGCCGACGUUAGAUGUGGAUUUGGAUAAUCUCGUUGUGCCUCCCGAGUACGUGCAACGCGAGAAGAUGUACCAGACCCUGCUGUCUCGCGGGGCAACUCGGGAAAUGUGUAUACAGUAUAAGCUGAGAUUCUACGACGAACUGGGAAUUAUCGCAUGGGCGAACGACGACCUCUUCGAUGAAUUCACCGGCGACCUUAUGAAAGAAGGCGAUCUUUGGCAGAUAUGCCUAGGAAGGCACAUUAAAUUGGACUGGAAUGACCCCACCGGCGAGCUAUUCAUCUUCGCACUACUCGAGGAGGUCAUAUUCUGGCCGACUGAGGGACUUGGCGAAUGGGAGACCGUACUGACUCGCCAAAGUCGCAAGAGGAGGCGCGUCUGGGUCACACGACCCGUCGUGAGCGCUCAGGACGUGCUAUCUGAUAGCGAGAGUGCUCCCGAUAGCGACGAAGGCAGUGACGUUACGGUAGAUGUGGGGAUGGGGGCGGUCUCGAUCCCCGAAUACGACCUUCUCGCAGGCCCUAAUGUGCCGCUGGCUGCACUAUUCCUCGACGAGUACGCUUCCGAUUCGGAAGAUGAUGACUUGGAAGAUGAUGACUCGGAAGAUGACUCGGAUGACGAAGUGCUUAGCUCCUCCGAUCUCGAAACGGACGAUGCUCUCACUAUGGUGCAACGCGACACUGCUUGGAACGUGGAUGCGGACCAUGAAAGCUCCGACGACUCCGACAUAGACUUACUGCUAGACGAGUACUAUAACUAG